AUGCGCAUCCGUGAUGUUAUUAUUAUCGGCGUCGCUAUCGUGUGCAGUAUCAUCUGUUGGUCUCAGGAUGGAUCGUUGAGCUUUAAACGUGGAUUUAAGGUGUCUGUACGAGAUGAUGAAUUGGCACAGUCGCUGAUGCCAAAACCCAUCGUCGUUGACGUGGACGGCUCUGGGUCUCGCGUCCUUCUCGCCUCGACGCAGCUGGGUGUGCUCUCCCGUUUCCGGACACACUACGCGCGCCGACGCAUCGAUGACGCAUUCGUCUCUCUUGCCCCCAGCGGGCAACUGGAUUUCCAGUCAGCCAUCAUGGCGAUUGGUGCCGGCUACACAGAUCCAAACAGCAAGGUCAUGCUCGGCGCGGUGAUCACGGAAGACUAUCAGCUGAUUGCUAUCAACAUUGACGGCGAGUCCUUAACGGAAAAGUGGAAGAAGCAAAUUCUACCUUCGACGUACUGGGCGGACACGGCUCACGCCUCCAUCUCUAUUGUGCCGGAAAGGAUCUGGAAGGACGACGUGGGAACUGUUGCGAUCGCUGUUGACGUGGUGGAUACGUACAGGAUGCAGAUGACCUUCUACGCCGCCUAUGAUGCUGCGUCCGGCGCCGUGCGGUGGAGCUACUUCUCUGACGGCGGAAACGAAAUGGAUGACGCUGUGCGUGAGGCCACGCUGAACGCUUCAGCGGUUGACUUGAACAUCGACGUCGAUCAGCCUCUGGUAGCUCCGCCGAUCGGCGAGGGUAACAGAGACGAGACACGAGACGCUGUCUUGCAGGCAAGGGCGCGGAUGCAGCCGUGGACCACCUUCCGUGAAGGCUUAAUUGCCGCCAUGCCGCACCGGUACGCGCACCCCUGGGACGCGCAGCUCGUUCCACAUGUGAUUUACCGCGUCAAGGCAGAACGCAAUGCGCAAAAGCGGCAACAAAAGAAUACGAAGCGCGUCACGUUGCUGUACAACGACCGCGUAGCGCACAUGGGCACGGACGACCAUGGCACCCUGGGUGAACAGCUGAACUCUUGGAUGCUCUCCGUGGUCUCGAAAGCCCGUCUCUCUCCACCGAAAAGCGAGGCGCGCCGGCGUCGGCCGCCGAACGUGCUUGUGUUUCACGGAAAGAACGGUAUCGAGGUGCGGCACAUGUACACCGGAGACACAGUGACCAUGGUGGGUCCGCUGCGAUCUGACGGGACGGCAUACCAUGACAUCAACGACGAUUUGGUUUUGGAUUCUAUCAGCACCCAAAUUGGUCCUCGCACCGUCAUACACUCGAAACACGGCGUUGACCUGCUGUACGACUGCCUCGGAAUGAUCGAGUCCGGCGUCCCCACCUCGUCCGCGGAGCUCUUCAACGCAACCGUGUGCGAUACCGUGGGAUUAUUCGGGAACCUGGAUCUCAUCCACCACUUCGUGGACGGCGACGUACGCGGCGAGGAAGUUUCGCAUACCGUCAACACACUCGAGCUUCUGGGGAGUCGCAACGUCGCGUCAGACGCGACCCACGCCACACCACCGCUCGUUGUGCAGGUGCAGAAUGUUCGCGGCAGUGGGCUGUACCAGGUGGAGCGGUACGCUGUCUUCAUGAUCAACACGGGCCUUGUCACGUGCAUUGAUCCAUCUCGACGCCGCGUGCUGUGGCGCGCGCAAACGGGGAGCCGCUUCACGCAUUCCGAAACGGAGGACAUGACGAGGUGGGACGACCGUGAAAACCGCGAGGAAUUCGAGUCAAAGCCAUUUCCUCACCUGGUGCCCUAUUCGCUGUCGCAGAAGAAUCGUGAGACGGACGUGACAUUCGUAGGGGGCGGCAAGGAGCCCUACCGACGCGUCGACACGUACGUGUUGGCUGUGGGAGACACCGAGUUCUCAAUCAUCAAGACGAAAAACGGGAAGGUAACCCGCACCAUCGCACUCGCAGAGGCGCCGGUGGCGCCUGUGCAGGUUGUCGACUUCAACGGGGACGGUACCAACGACUUGAUUGUCGUUUCCAAGUUUGCUAUUUACGGUUUUGUGGGCAGCUCCCAGUCGUCCUCGGAAACUGUAGCCGCCUUGAUGCUUCUGCUGGUGGGGCUGCUUGGCCUUCUCUUCGCCAUCCGCGAGAAAAACAUCGCGGAAGGGGAGGUGGAGGACUACACACUUCCUGUGCACACUGGGGACCAGAUGCAGCGUACCAAGACCUUCAAGCGGUCGACGGACUAA